UAGGAUUCUCGAUGUGUCUCUCCGGAUGUGUUCAUCACAGGCGGUAGUGAUCCAGCAGAAGCAGCGGAGGUGAGCGAGUGAGAGCGACUCUCUCAGCAGCAUCAUGGCGGAGCAGAGCGACUCCCCGGCGGCCGUCCAAACCCCGCAGCCGGCGCUCACCACCAGCUGGCCCAUUGUCAAGGAGGCGUACGAGCUCCAGGAGGUGAUCGGUAGCGGAGCCACAGCAGUCGUCCAAGCAGCGCUUUGUAGCCCUCGACAGGAGCGUGUGGCCAUCAAGAGAAUCAACCUGGAGAAAUGCCAGACCAGCAUGGAUGAGCUGUUGAAAGAGAUUCAAGCCAUGAGCCAGUGUAACCAUCCCAACGUGGUCACCUACUAUACUUCAUUUGUUGUGAAAGAUGAACUUUGGCUGGUCAUGAAGCUCCUGAGUGGAGGAUCAGUGUUAGACAUCAUAAAGCACACGUUCAGCAAAGGAGAGCAUAAAAACGGUGUCCUAGAUGAAUCUACAAUAGCAACCAUUUUGAAGGAAGUACUGGAAGGAUUAGAUUAUCUACACAAAAAUGGGCAGAUUCACAGGGACGUGAAGGCUGGUAAUAUUCUACUGGGAGAAGAUGGAUCGGUGCAGAUCGCAGAUUUCGGUGUGAGUGCUUUUCUGGCCACCGGUGGAGACGUCACUAGACACAAAGUGAGGAAAACAUUUGUGGGGACCCCGUGCUGGAUGGCCCCUGAGGUGAUGGAGCAGGUACGGGGUUACGACUUCAAAGCUGACAUUUGGAGUUUCGGAAUCACUACCAUUGAACUCGCGACAGGCUCUGCGCCGUAUCAUCGCUACCCCCCUAUGAAGGUUUUAAUGCUCACGCUGCAGAACGAUCCUCCAACCUUGGAGACUGGAAUUGAGGACAAAGAGAUGCUUAAGAAGUAUGGGAAAUCUUUUAGAAAACUUAUAUACUUGUGCCUUCAGAAGGACCCUGCAAAGAGGCCCACUGCAGCCGAGCUUUUGAAAUGUAAAUUUUUCCAAAAGGCUAAGAAUCAAGAGUACUUGAUUGAAAAGCUGCUUAGUAAAGGACCAAAUAUAAGCCAAAGAGCCAAAAAGGAUCCCGAGCAGAGGAAGCAGCACACAGAGGAUGCUGGGAAAUGGGUCAGAAGGGUUCCGGGUUCGAGUGGUCAUCUGCACAAGACCGAGGAUGGAGACUGGGAAUGGAGUGAUGACGAAAUGGACGCGAGAAGUGAGGAGGGGAAGGCUGCUGUCAAUCAUGGAAGGUCACGCAGGGUCAAAGAUGAAAACCAGCAUGGUGAAGUGAACGCUAACAGUCUCCCGCUAGAGGACCUGUCCAUUCAGCAUCCCCAGGUUCAACCAUUGGAGAAACUCUCGAGCGCUCAGGGAGCGGUGAACAUGGUCCUGAGGUUAAGGAAUUCAAGGAAGGAGUUGAAUGACAUACGGUUUGAAUUCACUCCAGGGCAAGACACUGCUGAUGGAGUUUCUCAGGAGCUCUUCUCUGCUGGUCUGGUCAAUGGCCAUGAUGUUGUUGUGGUGGCUGCUAACCUUCAGAAGAUUGUAGAAGACCCAAUUACCUAUAAAGUAUUGACCUUUAAGUUGGCGUCUGGUUGUGACAGCACAGAGAUCCCAGAUGAGGUGAAGUUGAUUGGCUUCGCCCAGUUGAGCGUCACCUGAUAGCAUCUCAUUAC